UCACGUCGUACAUUUGAUUACAGAUUACUCACUGCUCACGCGUGUGUGGCCACAAAUAACACGCGUCCAUGACCACGAACUAAACGCGUGCUCAGCUCAACGUAGUCCGCACUCAGCAGUUCCUCACCUAGAGCCCAACCGCACAUCCACGUGUCACCGACGACCCCAAACUCCGACGCCGGCCGGCCAGCAGCCAGCCGCCGACCACACCCACACCUCAACACGAAACAAGUAAGACCGCCGUCCACGAGCGCGACGACCUAUAUCGCCACCCUAGCUGCCCUCUCGUCGCCGGCGACGGCGAGCGAACCGUCCGACACGUGCAGCACGCGUCCACGCGAUGAGCCGUUUGCCCUCGGACUCGGAGCCAUGAAGGCCUCGCUGAAGCUUCGUGACGAAGCCGGGCCGCUGCUCCGCGCGAAGCUCCCCGUUGCGCUCUUCUCCGUGCCCGCCGUCGCAUCGCUCACCGCCGGCGACCCAGCCGACCUCCGCCUCUCCCUCGCCACCGCCGCCGCGGCGCUCCCGUCGCUCCGCCUCUCCUACGCGCCGAACCGCCCCGCGGGAUCGUCCCCGUUCUCCCUGUCCCUCGUCCUCGGCUCCGGCCCCGGAGGCUGCCCCUCCUCCGGGCCGGCCGGCGCCUCCGCCAUCACCAUGGCAGUCGAGGUCAGCGCCGCGGGCGCCGUCUCCUUCUCGCUCGCGCUCAAGCCCUCGCUCGGCGACUUCACCGUGCGCAAGCGGUUCGAGUCAGCCGGCGGAUCAGGCGGGACUUCGCCGUCGGAGGUGACGAUGAGGAGCGUCGUGCCGGUGCGCGGCGGCGCAGGGGCGGUGAGGAUCCGGUGGGGCGUGAGGAUACCCGCCGAGAUAACCGCCACCGGGGAGGCCGGCGCGGCUGGAGUGAUUCUGCGGAGGCUGCCGUUCUUGGUUCUUGGCAAGGUGACGGUGGAGACGCGGUCAGGGAAGCCAGCGCCCGCGCCGGAGGUUGCGGUGCAAGAGGAGGCGGCGGUGCAGAAGGCGAGGACGGAGAACGAGAAGCUGAGAAAGGAGGUGGAGAAACUCAGGGCGACAGCAGAGGAGGGCAGGAAGAAGGAGACAUCAGUGUUGGCCGGUGCCCGCCGGGACAACGGCGGAAGGUCGCCGGAGAUGGUAGGAAACUAGGAAAUGAAAUGGCGCUGAUGUAAUGCUGUCGGCCUGUCGGGGUUAGAUUUUUUUCUUUAUUUUUAAUCUGCGUAGAGCAAUACGUGCGAAUGUGCUACUACUUGUACAUAUGUAGGAAUAUUAUGUGCAUAUGUACAUAGAAAUAU